AUGAGAGCUGCGCCUCCGCUACCUGCGCCUACCGAGACCAAUUCAACCCUUACAAACGCCGCACCGAGUGAUGUGAGGACCGAUGUCUCUGGACCCAGUGACGAGGUAUCCUCCUAUUCGUUACCAGACGACGGCACGCCAGUUACAAUCAAGACGGGCCACCGUGCCAGCAAGUCACAGACGUCGCUGCUUAUAGAGUACUUCGAGGGUGGGAAAGCCAGCACCAGUUCUGUUUCAGGCGACCAGCGUAGGCCAAGCGUCCGAGUCCGCCUCACGCCGAGCAAACACCGUUCCAAGAGCGGCUCAGACCGUGACCGCAUCGAAAUAACGCAGACAAAAUCCAGGAAAGCGAGUCUCAGCCGCCGUUCUGCUCCUACCAGUGCCUCUGCUCGCAGCGACCCUGAGGGGCUCUCGGCUCUCAGCCGGGACGGGGAGGACGCAAGCCCAUAUGCCUCGGCCACCGAGGAGAGCAACGUCAGCCGUAACCCGAUCGACAUCGAGAUCGACCGGGGCACCCCCGCCCGACGUCGCCGCCCGGCGAGUCCCUUGAUCCCGGCCGCCGACAGCAAUAGGGCAAGCUACCAACAACCCAACAUGAGUGAGAUCUCAGCCAUUCCGACCGACAGUUUCCUUGAUGGAUCGGGCCCGACCACCUCCUUUAGGUUGUCCGAAGUCAAGAGCCCUAGGAGUAGAAGCCCUUCCCGCACCGGCGAUUAUCUAGCUGGCGCUGCAGCUGGAUUGGGCGCUGCAGUCGCCGCGGACAAAUUGCGGAGCAAAAGCCGCGACGGCCGCGAUAGAGAGAGGGUGACUGUGUCAAAGAACCGUGAUAAGGAUAAGGACCGCAAGCACAAAUCGAGCAAAAGCCGGACUGCCAGCCUGUCCAAGGAGGAGAGGCACAUAGAGCGUCCGAGCUCGCCUCGCAGGAGAUCCAGCAAGAGCCAUCCGGAUUCCCUUGUCUCAGCAGCAGACUCCAGUGUUGUAUCAGGCUUGUCACAGAGCCACCGAUCCAUGGAUCAGCACUCAGUUCGAUCGGGCACAUCCAAGGCUUCAUCGAUCAAUAACCCCAAGUUGUUGGAGACCGUUGAGGACGCCAUUCGCCGUCUCAUUCUACCUGAGCUCAAUGCUCUGAAGAGGGAGCAGAGCAGACACAAGAGUCGGCGCGAUUCGACCACAUCGAGUACCACGACGGCUUCUCGGGAAGAUUAUGCGAGCGACAGGCGACGGUCCGCAGGCACGGACAAGAACAUGAUAACGCCCAGAGACAGCUUGAAGAGCAGAGAGAGCCGGGAUCGUGAAGCUCGCAAUGAUUUCGAUGACAGCAGUGCUCUCAGUCAUGAAUCUGUAGAAGACGAGGGUGAUCUCACCGACACACCCAUGCGCAGUACUGACCGCCUCAGGGCCGCCGCUGCUGGCGCUGCUUUGGGUGCGGCAGCUGUUGCCGUCCACGGGGCGAUGGACUCUCCAUCAGACGACAAGCAGCGCUCUAGGAGACGUCGCAGAGCCGAAUUGAGGAGUCGCGCUUCGGACCACAUGCCCGAGGAUGAAGACUCCGAGCUUCUCGCGCCAGUCCCGCCGAUGCCGUUGAUGAGCGAUGUCAACGCCUCGGACGUUACGAGAGCAUCCAUCAUGUCUGCCGAAACGGACCGGCCCCACUCCGCGAGUGAAGAACUCACUCCUGCCCGUGACCUCCCCAACGAGUCGUCGUCCCCAGGGACACCAACCCCCACUAGGACCCCAAUCACUUUGCAGGCCCUGGGAACACAACACGCUAACAUAUCACAUGGCGACCUCAAGGCCUUGCCCCGUCAGCGAACUGGAGAAUUGGAUGAGUACGUCAUUGAUGACUACGGCAACAAGGUGCCCUCACGGACCUUCAGGCGAUAUCAGGAAGAUGAAGAGUAUGAAGAGGACUCUGGUUCAGCACCCGCAUACGCGCCACAAAGCCCCUACGAUUAUUACAGCACACAGGACGUCCCUCCCCCACUCAAGUAUGUCCCAUAUCAACCCGAACGACGCGGUCUAAGCCCGAUUCCGAGUGUCUCGGGCUAUACAGAGGCUGGGAGCGAAGCGCCAGCCCGCGAUUCCGGCCCUACCCAUCAGACCGCCGAGUCAAUCUCAUCAGCUGGCAAGUCGCCUCGGCACGAUGGCUCGAUGCGUUCCCGAGCGAGUCGAGAAUCUGUAGACGACGACCGGAGCAUGAGAAGCUCUAGACUUGACCAAGAAAAUUCCGUGAGCGCAACCAACAGCGAACUCGAGCAAGUCACAUCUGGGCAGGCCGUUCGCGCCGUGUCUCUGAACCCGGAUUUCGUACAUCCGCCUGGCAUUGAAUCAAACGUGGCUUCUCUCGUCGACGGAUCAAUGCUUGAGGGAUCCGUCAUGACAGGCAGCUCCAUCGUGGCCGGAAACCAGCCCUAUAAUGCCCGUGGAUCGAUGGCCACGCUCGAGGAAGAACAGUCCCGGAAUCCCGCAACCCCAACCAAGCGAUCUGUGGAGAGCAACCGGGAUUACGCCGAGGAACGCCCCGAGACGCCGGCAUCCGGGAGCCAGCGAUCCAAUCAGUUUGUUGAAUAUGAGCUGGAUGAGUAUGGCCGUAAAGUACCGCAAACGUCCUACCGACAAUCUCCAACCGUUUCCGAGGCGGCAAUCGCAAGCGCAGCGGUCGGUGCCGCCGCGGCCGCCCUCAGGGCCCAACAUGACAAGGCUCAGCAAGUUCUCGAUGACGACAGUGUGGCUUUCCAACCAGCGGGGGUCCAACGGAACAAGUCGUUCAAGGAACGUACCAAGAACGGGCACCGCCCUGGUCUUGACACUUCCAGCGCGGAGAGGCUCAGCAACUCCAACGAACAGCCCAAGCUGGGUUUCAGUAGCAUGCCCGACCCCAACGAUCCGAUGCCGGAAAUAGGAGACUGGCACGACGUUGACAUGCUGACGAACCCUUCACUUCUUGACGGUGAAGGAGGCCGCGAUCACGAGGAGCAAUGGAACGGCGACGUCACACCACGUCAACGUCCACAGCAUCAUGAUGAUAACGUCGAGUACCAACAGCUGGACGGUGCCCAGGCUUCUCCAGUUGCAGAUGUGCACGGUAACGGCCACGACCAAGGUAUGCCAGGCGCAGCGGCUGCCAUGGCUGCUGCUCACGACCACAGCUACCAAGCGGGUGGGGAAUAUGAGGAAUGGUACCGCAGCUCGGAGGACAAGAAACGUGACACGCUGGUAACCAACCCAUAUGAGGGAUCUAGCCCCAUUGCUAACCUUCCUGGUGUCAACGACGCGCUUCUUGGGACUGCCGGCUUUGAUAACUCCGGCUUCAGCAAUCUCUACGGCGUACGCAGCCCGCUUGGCCACAAGGUUGACGAGGGCUACAUCUCCCAGGGACCCAACAAGACUCCAGACCUCCGGGAUACCAAAGGCAAAGGUGUUGACUUUGAGAUUGCGCCUGGUGCCACUGGUCCAGUCAUGGAUGAUCCGUUCUUUUCUUCAAAGCAUACCCGCCACCUCAGUGGCAUGUCUCAAGGAAUGGGCUCCCCGUUGUACGAUGCUGCUACGGGUAUGGGAAUUGACCGGAUCGAGUCCAAGGACAUCAUCGCUCUCAUGCAACACUUGAUGGUUAGAGACGCUCAGCGAAGCGCACGGGACACGGAAAUUCUGGUGACGCUCGUGCGUUCGGCAACCGAGAUGCGGAAUAACUUUGAAGAUCUUAAACGGCUGCUCGCGGACACGGAGGACGUCAUCAUCACCGAGGUCAAAGAAAAUACCGAGAAGACGGUCCAAAGGGCCAUCAAUGGCCCGCGACCCUACCCUGGCAGCGCUGCCCGCUCCAUCCAGGGCGGAUCACAAACCGGGACGAUUAAUGGCGACGACAUCACCGCCAAAAAGCGGAGCAUUUUCCGACGCGCGCUAAAGGGGUUGAGUGCUAAAGGAGCAAAUGAUCUCGGAAGAAUCGAGGAGAUGCUCAUGCAGCUGCUGAAUGAAGUUGACAUUCUAAAGGCGCAAACCGCCCCGGGCAACAUUCAUGGGAGCCUAAGCACUCAAGGCGAGCAGCUGUACGACUCUGCUCAGCCAGAGAUCCAGUACGAACAGGAUAACGGUUAUGAACCCGAGGGCAAUGCUGGCACCUCGACCACAAGCCAUCCAUCUCAAUCCGGACAUCUCUCAAUCCAGUCCCGCGGGACAUCAGUCAAGCCCGGGUAUGACCGCAAGGUUUCAGCGCACAGGAUAAGUACGGUGCACGAAGACAAUGAGGAAGAUUACGACCAUGGGCGCAGGAGCGAGGACAUGCAUCUGAUGACGCCUUCCCGAGAUCAGCGCGGCAGUUCUGCACCCUUGGCGACGCCGCCCGGGGCGAUGCCACAGACGCAGCAGAUGUCGAUGAGCAAUGAGAAUACUCCCCGGACGGAAGAGAGCAAGAAGAAGUCAGGAAGGUCAAGCUGGUUCCGCAUCCCCAGAAUCUCGCGCUGGUCCGAGACAACAGCCUCCAGCGGUGUCCCAGAGUCCCGGCACAGCAAGCAAUCCGUCAAAGACGAGGGCAGCAAAUUCCCCUCGGGUGCAUCGCGGUCAGGGUCCCUAGAUCGCUACCCAGACAACUACCAAUUCUCUUCCCCGCAGGCAUUCCAAAGCGACAAGCUCCACACGGGGUUCUCAGAGCAGGACCUAAGUCAUGGGAUGCACAAUGACAAUGGCGAUGCCAUGUAUGGGCACAUGCAGGGACCUGGGCCGCAGGCAGGGCCCAAUUGGACGACCAUGACGCCCGAGGAUCCCAAAUACAAAGCUCACCGUGACUCACUGAACCUUCAGCAUCCUCAGCCGCGACAAGGCCAGACGGAGCGCUUCAAGGCAGCGCUCGAAUCUCAGGCGUUGGGAUUUGAUUCGCCCACAAGUCCGAAAUCAGCCGACUGGGCCGGGUCAGCUACGAGCCUGAACAGACUCGCCCAACACCAUGGCCAUUCGCCCAGCAACGGGUCGGACCUUCACUACCAACAAUACUGGACUUCAUCCCCGCCGGAAGCCAAUAUGACGACCACAGCUGGCGGGCCCCCACCUCGGCCACCCAAGGAGUCCCUCGACCAGCAACAGGCGUCGAGCCCGGACAUGGCGCGCGUGGCGUCGCCGCCGCAGAACAAGCGGCUCAGCAAGCUGCAGAAACAGCCACCUCAGGGCCACGGCAGUCCCCUGCCGCACCACAGCGUCGAGAGCGGCUACGGUACCAUGACGCACGGCGUCCCCACCGCGAGCUACAUCAGCCAGGGCGACAGGAGCAGCCCGAGGCUGGAGAACCGAAACCUGAGUGUGGCCUCGGCUGCCGGGGUGAGCAGGCGGCCCAGCGGCCCCCGUCCUAUGACCCCUACCGGAAGGAGCGCGGGAAAGAGUGGGCUGAGCACUGCCAGCCCCGUGAGUGCCCUCAGCGAGGACGGGGAUGGUGACGGCCAAGGUGGAAGGAGGAAGAGAGGUACGUUUCUGACUUGCUCGAAGAAAACGACGGGUUUUGCUAACUGA